AUGGCGGCCGCGGCGCGCGCGAUCAUCUGCGAGCUAGCGCCGCAAAAGGUGUCGUCGACAACGGCGGCGGCGGCGGCGUCGGGGCCUGCGGCGCCGAAGAAGCGCGACGCUGGGACGAAGGUGGUGCUCCAGCCCCGGCUCUGCACGCUGCGGUCGUACGGCGCCGGCAGCGGCGUGGUGACGCGGAGGAUUCUGGUCGGGGAGGAGGACGGGAGCCGGGCCGCCGACUCGGGCGGCGGCUCCGGAUCCGCGGCGUCACCGUUCUUCGCCUCCCUCAACGACUACAUCGAGAGCUCCCGCAAGAGUCAGGACUUCGAGACCAUCUCCGGGCGCCUCGCCAUGUUGGCGUUCGCGGCGGCGGUGGCCGUGGAGACGACGACGGGCAGUUCCCUGUUUAAGAAGCUGGACACGAUGGAGAUCGAGGAGGCGGCGGGGGUGUGCGUGGCGGUGGUCGCCUGCGCCGCGGCGUUCGCGUGGGCGUCCAGCGCGCGCAACAGGAUCGGCCAGAUGUUCACGCUGGGGUGCAACGCCUUCGUCGACUCCCUCAUCGACAACAUCGUCGAGGCGCUCUUCUCCGAGGGCGAGCUGCAGGACUGGUCCGACGACAUAUAA